UUAGUCUCCUCCUGUUGGAUCUAUCCUGCGGGACUUCGGUCUGUCGGAAAGCAGCGCGCGCUGCCGCGACAUUUCACGACUUCAGCAGUGGCGGAGCCUGCGAAAGCUCCGACUUCCUUCCCGCUGCUGGGCCAAAGCUGCCACAAUGUUCGGUGCGGGAGACGAAGACGAUACUGAUUUUCUCUCGCCCAGUGGCGGUGCCAGAUUAGCCUCUCUUUUUGGAUUGGAUCAGGCAGCUGCUGGCCAUGGAAAUGAAUUCUUCCAGUACACAGCACCAAAACAACCUAAGAAAGGCCAGGGAAUAGUAGCAACUGGAAAUCAGGUGACACCAAAAGCAGCACCCUCCACAACAGACACUUCCACAGUUUUGACUGCAACAGUAGUCCAUGCUUACAGAUACACAAAUGGUCAAUAUAUAAAGCAGGGAAAAUUUGGUGCUGCAAUCCUGGGGAAUCAUACAGCCAGAGAGUAUAGGAUUCUUCUUUAUAUCAGUCAACAACAGCCAGUUACUGUUGCCAGAAUUCAUCUGAACUUUGAACUAACGGUUCGACCCAAUAACUAUAGCACCUUUUAUGAUGACCAGAGACAAAGCUGGUCCAUCAUGUUUGAGUCAGAAAAAGCUGCUGUGGAGUUUGCUAAACAGGUGUGCAUUGCCAAAUGCAAUAGCACUUCUUCCCUCGAUGCAGUGCUCUCACAGGACCUCAUUGUAGCAGAAGGUCCUGCUGUAGAAGUUGGAGAUUCUUUGGAAGUGGCCUAUACCAGCUGGCUUUUCCAGAAUCAUAUGCUGGGCCAGGUUUUUGACUCUACUGCUAACAGAGAUAAGCUGCUUCGUCUGAAAUUAGGAUCAGGAAAAGUUAUCAAGGGCUGGGAGGAUGGAAUGCUGGGCAUGAAAAAAGGAGGGAAGCGAUUGCUUAUCAUCCCUCCAAACUGUGCUGCUGGCUCAAAAGGGGUAAUAGGAUGGACUCCAUCAACAGACUCAAUCCUGGUGUUUGAAGUGGAAAUUAGGCGGGUGAAAUUUGCUAGAGACUCUACCUCUGAUGGCCACAGUGUUAGUUCCCGGGAUUCUGCAGCUCCUUCUCCCAUACCGAGUGGAGACAACCUCUCUACUGAGCCUAUUGUGUCAUUACCCACAUCUGUGCCUUUCAAAUCAGGGGAGCCAGCUCUUCGUACCAAAUCUAACUCCCUCAGUGAACAGCUUUCAGAAAACACAAAUCCUGAUACUGUCAAGGCCAAGUUGAUUUCUCGGAUGGCUAAAAUGGGCCAACCCAUGUUACCCAUCUUUCCACUACAGCUGGAUCCCAACUCAGAAACUGAAGAUGUGAAUGCUCAUCGAGGAGUUGGGCAGCCCGUAGCAGCUCCAUCUAUUCAACCCUCACAUCAGUCAACCCAUCCAGUAUUACCACAGACAACCUCACAAGCAAAUUCACCAUCUGUUUCUGGCCUCCAAGUGCCCUCUGCUGCCUUAAUGCCCAUUGCACCUCUUGAUUCCCACCCAGCUGUAUCUGGAAAUGCCCAAUCCUUUCAGUCCUACACAGGUAUGCAAGCAUACCCUUAUCCCCAGGCAUCCACCAUCACCACACAACUACAGCCUGUGCAACCCCUGUAUCCAGCACCACUCUCUCAAUCUCCACAUUUUCCAGGAUCAGGUGAUAUGGCUUCAUUUCUCAUGACUGAAGCUAGGCAGCAUAACACUGAAAUUCGCAUGGCUGUCAGCAAAGUGGCUGAUAAAAUGGAUCAUCUCAUGACUAAGGUUGAAGAGUUACAGAAGCAUAGUGCUGGAAAUUCCCUGCUCAUCCCCAGUAUGUCAGUUACAAUGGAAACAAGUAUGAUUAUGAGCAACAUUCAGCGAAUUAUUCAGGAAAAUGAAAGAUUGAAGCAAGAGGUCCUUGAAAAAAGCAGUCGGAUAGAAGAACAGAAUGACAAGAUUAGUGAACUUAUUGAACGAAAUCAGAGAUAUGUUGAGCAGAGUAACCUGAUGAUGGAGAAGAGGAAUAAUUCACUUCAAACAGCCACAGAAAGCACACAGGCAAGAGUAUUGCAUGCUGAACAGGAGAAGGCCAAGGUGAUGGAAGAGUUGGCAGCAGCCACAGCACAGGUUUCUCAUCUGCAGCUGAAAAUGACUGCUCACCAAAAGAAAGAAACAGAGCUACAGAUGCAGUUGAUGGAAAGCUUGAAGGAGACAGACAUCCUCAAGGGCCAGCUUGCCAAACUGCAGGCAGAGCAUUCAGAGCUCCAAGAAACCUCUGAACAAGCACAGUCCAAAUUCAGAAGUGCAAAGCAGAGCUGGAAACAGCUGGAACUCAAGGUGACAGCCCUGGAAGAGGAGCUGACUGACCUUCGAGCUGAGAAGGAGUCUCUGGAAAAGAACCUUUCAGAAAGGAAAAAGAAGUCAGCACAAGAGCGCUGUCAAGCUAAGGAGGAGAUAGAUGAAAUUCGCAAAUCACACCAGGAAGAAUUGGACAAACUUCGACAACUCUUGAAAAAGACUCGAGUGUCCACAGACCAAGCAACUGUAGAACAGCAGAUAUCUCUAGUACAGGCUGAGCUACAGACCCAGUGGGAAACAAGAUGCGAACAUCUGUUGAAUUCUGCCAAGGAUGAACACUUGCAACAGUACCAGGAAGUAUGUGCACAGAGAGAUGCCAGUCAGCAAAAGCUGCUCCAGCUUCAGGCUAAGUGCUUAGCUCUCCAGGACCAAGUUACAGCUCUCACAGAGGAAAAUGAACAGUAUAUCAAGGACCUAAAGAUGAUCACAUCUCAGAGAUCUGGGGUUGAAGCUGCUGCUACUGACCCUUCAGAGAAGGUGAAGAAGAUUAUGAACCAGGUGUUCCAGUCCUUGCGGGGAGAGUUUGAGCUGGAGGAAUCUUACAAUGGCAGGACCAUUCUGGGGACCAUAAUGAGCACAAUCAAGAUGGUGACUCUUCAGCUGUUAAAUCAACAAGAGCAAGAGAAAGGAGAGAGCAGCAAUGAAGAAGAGGAAGAGCAACAACCUCAGAGACCCUCCCAGGAGCAGCCAGUCUUAGUCAGUUCUGGGAUUCCUGCAGCACCUCUGAGUGGGGAGAAGCAGGAGCCAGCUGAGCAGGCAGUGAAAGAUGUGCCACUGCCUCCUCAGGCUCUCUCAACGUCCCAGGAUGACACACAGAGGAAAGGGGAGCCUUUAGAAACACAGGUGCUCUCAGACACAAAAGAUGAUUCCCUUCCACCUGAUUUGACUUGCAUCUCCUCCCACAGAGGCCUGGAACCCCCAACUUCAAUUCCCCCAAAGCCUCCAGGCCCCAUCCCCAUAGAUUCUGAGUGUGAGGAGACGCUUGCUGCUAGCUCAGAGGCAACCAAGCUGGAUGGUGUAUUGGCAACUGUCCGUAAAGGAGAGCAAGAAAGCUCCACCAGACUCUCCCUGACUUCAAAGGAGAGCCUGCUGACUUUGGGGGAUGAAAGUCCAAGAAGAGAACCUCAGCUUCCAGAGCACAAGAAAGAUGAAGAUGCCACUAGUUCCGCUGAUCCCUCUAAGGAACUCUCAAGCACAGAGACAGGCUCUACAGCUGCAGGAGUGGCUCUUGGACGCAGUCACUGCUCUCAGCAUUCCAGUCUCUCUGGGGAGGAAGAGAAUGCACAGUUUACAGGGGCAACUCUGAAUGUUCUAAGACCCAAGAAACAGUCUGAGGAAGAGGAUGAAGAUGAGGUGAGCAUGAAGGGGCACCCACCCCCAGCACCCCUUUUUGGAGAUGAUGAUGAUGACGAUGACAUUGACUGGUUGGGAUGAAGACCCAUGAAACUGUUUCACAAGUUCCUCUACCAACCCUUCAUUAAGCAUGAUUUUGCACAGCCAGCCCUGGGUCUGGGUGAACCACAGGGUGAGGUGAAGGUGAGCAUUCUAGGACAGUGGUGUGGAUAUCUGAACCCCCUACCCCCACCACCACUUGGGUGAAGAGUAAUGUGAAUCUGUCUGUAGAACACUGGGGUUUUCAUCAGUUGACUGUGGACUUUUCUCAGAGUUCUGUUUGAAGGAAGGGUUGUCCAAUUUUGUAGAUCACCUACAAAAGUCUUGCCCUCUCCUAAGCUACGAAUUUUCUUCACUAACUUUCAGACUGGUCUGAUAUGUUCUCCCUCACCUUCCUCCCAGUACUCAGCUAUGCCUCAAACAAGGCCUGCCUGGGUGAGGUCUCCUAUAGAACAGGGUGUGGAUUACAUGGCUUUAACCCCAUUUCAGCUAAAGGCCUUGCUUGGGACAUGUAUCUUUCCUCUGCCUUAAAUCUGAUACAACAGAUCAAUGAAAGUUUGAAAUUAACAAAAUUACAAUAAAUGUCUACAAUGAAAAGACUUAAGUUCUUGGA